AUGGGGGCGAAUAUUAAGGUGGUGGUGCGUGUGCGGCCGUUCAAUAGCAGAGAGAGAGACAGAGGCGCAAAAUGUAUUGUUCAGAUGAAAGACAGCCAAACGGUUUUAUUACCGCCGCCUGGUGCGGAAAAGACUGCGGGUAAAGGGUCGAAAGAUCAUGGCGGCCCCAAGACGUUUAAUUUCGACCGGAGUUACUGGAGUUUUUCAAAAGACGACCCUGAUUGUCCAUACGCGGGCCAGGAGAAUCUUUUUGACGACCUCGGAAGACCAUUACUGGAUAAUGCGUUUGGGGGUUAUAAUAACUGUAUCUUUGCUUAUGGCCAGACAGGUUCCGGGAAAUCAUAUUCUAUGAUGGGAUACGGAGAGGAGUAUGGUGUUAUCCCAAAGAUUUGCCAGCAUAUGUUUGAGCGAAUUGAUGCCAUGCAAGCAGAUCCGAACUUGAAAUGCACCGUUGAAGUUUCGUACUUAGAAAUUUAUAACGAGCGUGUUCGUGAUUUAUUAAAUCCAUCCACUAAAGGGAAUCUGAAAGUCAGAGAGCAUCCAGCUUUAGGACCUUACGUUGAAGAUCUUGCAAAAUUGAUAGUUAACAAUUUCGCUGAAAUUGAGAACCUUAUGGACGAGGGCAACAAAGCACGAACAGUUGCGGCGACCAACAUGAACGAAACAUCCUCGCGUUCCCACGCCGUCUUUACAAUUAUAUUAUCGCAAAAAAUUCACGAUACUGAGACUGGAUUCGAUUCUGAAAAGGUAUCGAGAAUAAGUCUGGUUGAUUUGGCAGGAUCUGAGAGGGCACAAUCUACCGGGGCUACCGGGGCUAGGUUAAAGGAGGGAGCAGAAAUUAAUAGGUCUUUAUCAACUUUGGGCCGUGUCAUUGCGGCUUUGGCAGAUCUAUCAACUGGGAAGAAAAAGAAUGCAAAUAUGGUUCCAUAUAGAGACUCGAUUUUGACAUGGUUAUUGAAGGAUUCACUGGGAGGUAAUAGUAUGACAGCUAUGAUUGCAGCCAUCUCACCGGCUGAUAUAAACUUCGACGAGACAUUAUCGACACUAAGAUAUGCCGACUCAGCAAAGCGGAUCAAGAAUCAUGCCGUUGUCAAUGAGGAUCCGAACGCAAAAAUGAUUCGGGAGUUGAAGGAAGAGCUUCAGCAGUUGAGAUCAAAAUUAUCAGGCGGUGGAAGUUUACCAGAGGAGGAGAGGUAUGCCCCAGACACACCACUGGAAAAACAAAUGGUUACGAUCACGACCCCCGAUGGAGUGGUAAAGAAGGUUUCCAAGGCAGAAAUUGCAGAACAGUUGACUGCUUCUGAAAAGCUUCUGGGAGAUCUCAAUCAAACAUGGGAACAAAGAAUGGAGAAGACACAGCUUGUCCACAAGGAGCGCGAGGCGGCGUUGGAGGAAUUGGGAAUUAGUAUAGAAAAGGGGUUUGUUGGCCUAUCAACACCAAAAAGGAUACCACAUCUUGUUAAUCUGAGUGAUGACCCCCUACUCGCUGAGUGCCUUGUAUAUAAUAUUAAGGCAGGGACAACCACUGUUGGAAACGUUGAAACCUCACAAACUGCGCAGAUGCGGCUCAACGGCUCUAAGAUUCUCAUGGAUCACUGCCGUUUUGAGAAUGAGAAUGGAGUGGUUACAUUAAUACCGAACGAAGGGGCAGCAGUGAUGGUCAACGGUCUGCGAAUAGAUGCACCUCGAAGGCUACGAACAGGAUAUCAAAGGGAUAAACUACGACAGUCUGCUACCAUGAACGCUGGGGCACAAUCCCCCGACCAUCGACACUCAUCGAGCAAUGGGAUAACUGCUGAUAUGAUGGAAAGGAUUGAAUCAGAGACAAAUGGUAGUAGCCGACCAGACUCACCGUCACACAUCCCUGCAAAUAGUAGGGAUAUCGACUGGUCAUUUGCAAGAAGAGAGGCUGCUUCUGCAUUACUAGGAGAAAACUCGAGGAUAACCAAUCUAACGGAUGAUGAGUUGGAUGUAUUAUUGGAGGAAAUGCAGAGGGUAAAGAUGAUUCGGAAGGGGCGACCAGAUAGUCGGCUGGAUUCAAUCGAUGAUGAGACGGAGUCAGUAAUGUCAUACCCUGGCAGCCGAGAGAAAUACACUUCGAUGGGUACCUUAGACGAUCUUUCACUUGACACGAUGAUCACGAUGCCUGGAACUCCAGGGGAAGCUGAGGAUAGGCUCAGGAUGGUGAAAGAGGAAAUGCAAGAGCAACUGGAAAGGCAAAAAGAGGAGUAUCAAGAGAAGUUGAAGGCUGCAGAAGAAGCUAAUGUUGAAUUCGAGGAGAUCAAAGCAGAAAGAACAAAGAUGCAGGAAAGGCUGGAUUCGGCCAAACAAGAGAUGCGACAAGAGUUAGAAAAGCAGCGACAGGAGUUUGAAAGCAGACUCGAGGAGAUUAGUCUUUCUCCCCCGAAAAACAAAGAUCCAGAGGAUUUAACGGGCCAGGAGAAGAGUCUCGCGAAGCAAACCGUCGAUCAUUGGCGACAACGGAGAUAUGUUCGUAUGGCCGAGGCAAUUUUGCAGCAUGCUGCUACUCUGAAGGAGGCACAGAUUAUGAGCAAUGAAAUGGAAAAGAAUGUUGUGUUCCAAUUUACAAUCGUGGACGAGGGACACACAUUUCAGUCAAGCUAUGAUCUAGUACUUAAUGGGAUAUCAGCAGAAGACGAUGAGUUUCUAGACAUGGCACGCAAGCCCUGUGUUGGGGUGAGAGUGAUGGAUUUUCAAAACGCAGUAGUACAUCUUUGGUCCCUGGAAAAACUUCAAACCCGUGUACGUCAAAUGAGGCAGAUUUAUCAGUACAUAGAUCGACCAGAAUAUUUACAGCACCUCCGACUCGACGAUCCUUUUUCAGAACCUAUUCUUCCACAAUAUUCGUUGAUAGGGGAUGUUGAUGUACCACUCACAGCAAUUUUCGAGUCGCGGUCUCAAGAAUUUGUCCUAGACGUUACUUCGCCCCACACUGCCAGCGUGGUUGGCAUGAUUAAGCUCGCUUUGGAGCCAUCCUCUGCAGAAGCCCCCUCAUCUACUCUAAAAUUCAAUGUCGUUAUGCGGGAAAUGGUCGGGUUUGCUGAACGGGAGGGAACAUCAGUUCACGCGCAGAUGUUUAUCCCUGGAGUCUCUGAUGAGAGCGGUGCUACUGCGACCACUGUUGUAUCCGACUUUGAUGAAGGCCCGGUCAAAUUUCAUAGCACCCAUAGUAUGAGUAUUCCGUUAGGAACUCCGCUAAGGAAUGCAACGUUACGGGUAGCUAUCUUCGCAAAAAUAAUGCAGAUGCACCUCGAAAAGCUCAUCAGCUGGGAUGAUAUGAGGGACAACAAGCCAAUUUCGCCAAAGAAGAAGAGGGGCGCACGCCUAAACGAAACCGAGUUCUACACAGAAGAACGGCAUGAUGUGUUUUCGACGGUGCAAAUACUGGAGCUCUCUGAAACGGGGGAGUAUCUGCCAGUAGAGGUGUCGCAGCAGUCUGAUAUUGACCCCGGAUCAUUCCAGCUCCGGCAGGGCCUGCAGCGUAGGGUGCAACUUAGCCUCACGCACAGUUCAAGAGACGCAUUGCAGUGGCGUGACAUCACGCAUAUUCGGAUGGGCCAAGUCCGUUUAUUAGAUCCUAGAGGCAAAAUCCCUGAUCUUUCUUCAACCACUCGAGAAAUAAGGCUCAAUCCUGUCUUGGGCCCUGUAGUAAAAACCAACGCGGACGGGACAAGUACGGUCACGGUUGUCGCACAAUGGGACUCCAGUCUACACAAUUCGAUACUAUUAGACCGGACUACUGCUGAUAAGUACCGCGUUCAGAUGAGUCUGCGGUGGAACAUUACAUCGGAUAGGCUGUCGGAACCAAUCGCGUUUUCACAAGAUAUCUACUCGCAAGUACAGCCUAGGGUCGUCAAAACCCCAAGCAAAUUCUUGCAGAUGUGGAAUAACAGCAGGAUCAUACAUGUGAGUGUGGGUUUAUUUCAACUUGUUAUCCGACCUGCUGUAGCAAGGAGGGCGGGGGACCUAUGGAGAAUGAAUACACUACAUAGAUAUGUUAAGGGCGAGGAAAAUCUUGGCCCAUGGACGCCUCGAGGUGUGAGUCUUGUCAGAGACUUUUUAAGGGCACGAAAGAGAAGGAUAAGGGUCGCAGAAGUGGAGAAUGCGAAAGGGUUCUUGGGGUCGCUACCUGUUACUAGGAACGGGUCUCCAUUAACUUUAAAUCCCGUAUCGGUAUCGAUGGAAGAGGUCAUGCAACCUGAAAAUGUUGGGCUUGGACUUGGUGUGACUGGUGUAAACGGUCUGCAGGAGAGCAUCCUCGUGGAUGAGGGUAUAACAAGUUUGGAUUUGGAGAGGUCCGCAUCUAAAGAAAACGGUAAACUUAAAGGGGAGGCGCAGGAACCUUCUGCUACCAAAAUCGAAACAGCCGGGACAGUUAAAACCUUUGAGCCACUCGAGCAAAUCGUAACAGCUGAGAUAAUGACACGGGAGACGUCAACGGUUUCAAGCAUCAUGCCAAUCCUAGAGGAAGACCCGCAGAUCACUGUGCUACGAAAGUUCGUAAAGCUUUGGACCUCCGGGAAGGACCCAAGUGAAAGGAUCCUCGUGAGACGAAAUACCGAGCCUCCGCAAAAUGGUGCCUGCUUUGCGGAAGCAACUGAGGCAGAGCCGCCUAGGUUGAUUGCUGAAGUUCGGCAGAUUCCUAGAAGUACACCAAUGCUUAAGUCCGGGUAUCUGUGGACGCUGGACGAAACUAACAAGGCUUGGACGAAGAGAUAUUUCGAGCUGCGACGACCAUACAUGCACAUGUUUAGGGUACCUGAUGGCCAGGAGAUCAUGGCGGUCAACCUCAGCCACUGCCGAAUUGACCAUCAGCCACAAGUAGCAAAAUUAUUGCGGAGGCCGCAUGUAUUUGCAGUUUAUGCACCACUCAACACAUAUCUCUUUGCGGCAAAAGAUGAAAGAGAUAUGAUCGAGUGGAUUAUGAAGAUAGAUCAGUCGCAUUUCCUUGGUUCGAGUCGAAGCAACACCCCUGAGGAGUAG